AUGUGCACCGCACGUGGCAUGGUAUCGUGGACUAGGCGAUGGGCCAAAGAUGCUCCGAUCUUCGCCAGCCGUAAGUUGAGUAACUUCGAUUCCAGGGCCUCGACCUGGGAUACCAAGGAGAAGAUGGCCAUGGUGGCAAUGUCUGCGCGCUUGAUUGAAGCGCAGAAGUGGUUUCGGAAAAGCCCUGAGGCCAUGGGUCGCUGCUUGGACUUUGGCUGUGGCACAGGUCUCCUGGCCUUCGAACUGCAACCCUGGUGCAGCGCGGUGCUGGGUCUGGACACAUCGCAGGGCAUGCUGGAGGUGAUGGAGGAGAAAAUCGCUGCCGCCGGGAUGCAAUCCAAGAUGCGAACUACCAGAAGUCUACAAGAAGCAGGUGAGUUUGAUCUGAUUGUCAGUAUGUUAUGCAUCCACCACGUGAAGGAUUGCGCGCUGCAGUUGAAAGAACUUUCGUCCCUUCUCAGGCCGUCAGGGAGACUGGUCAUCGUGGAUUUUGAGGCCACGGAGAAUGCCCGGAUCUUUCACAAAGAAUCCGAAAGGAAGGGAGAUCACUAUGAGCAUGAUGGACUUCCUGCGAAGGAAUUAACGCAAUGGCUGAAGGACGCUUCGAUGUCAGAAGUGGAUCUGGUGCGUCAGCCAUUUGAGAAGGAACGUGCAGAAGGCCAAAGGACCGCCGCCACCCAAGGCAAAGCCCAAGCCCAAGCCGAAGGCGUCGCGUCGGAGUUCCGGAUUCUCGAGGCUGCGGUGGUUGGACAGCCAACACCUCCCAGGACCAAUGGAUUGGUAAAUAUCAACUGGAAGAAGAAGGCAGCUCCAGGACCCGAAGACUUCAGCUUGAACGAUGACUUUUUACGAGAGAUGGCGGAGUUGAGGGGCCGUCCCAUGGACGAUCUGGAGCUCAGUAAGGAAUCCGUCUUCCAAGGACAAGUUGAUGUCCCGGAACUCAGCGAGAUGCAGCUGCAGUACUGGUUCGGCAUCCGCGCGCGUCAGAAGCGGCCCACACCGUGCAGCUCACGUGGAACCAGCGUUCAUUCCACGUCUCGAGAUGCCAGCGGGAGCGGGAGCAGCACUCCAAGUCAUGGUCCCGGGAAGGUGGCGCAGCCCGUCUUCAGUAUGUUGAGACAGCGCCUGCUGGAUGAUCGCACCAUUAGGAGCGCAGGCCUCUUCCUGGCGCGCUAUCGCAUGAACCACGGCCGCAGCACCGGAGCUUCCCCCAAGGUGCUGGUGGAGGACAUUUGCAAGGCUGUCCUUCAAUGUCGCAUCCGAAAGGACAUUGAUGGUUUGGAAAAUCUGAGAGAAGCAAUGGAGACCUACGCGCAGGCGGGAAGCCCCGUGGCACGCUUCGUCGAGGAGCAGGGCUUAGAGGCCUUGAGCAACUGCGAUCCGGAGGCAGAACAUCGACUCCUGUACCAGGUCAGUUGCAUUCCCGGUAUCUAUGAACGCUUGCGUUGCUUCAAAAUCCAAUCCAGCUGGGAUAAGGACGCCGCAAAGUGCAAGACGGACCUCCAGGUGCUGAAAGGCGGUCUGCAGGUGAUGGCAGAACGGAAGGAUGUGCUACGACGCUUCUUCAGUCAGGCCAUGAGAUUGGGCAACAAGCUCAACGAGGCAGCAGGAGGUCCAUUGGCGCCGCAUGGUUUUCGCAUGAGUUCGCUGGAGACGUUGAUGCAGACCAAGUCACCCUGGAGACCCAAGUUGUCACUGCUCCACGUGAUUUUGGGGCUGCUUGAUGCGCCCCAGGUUGCGCGCUUGGCAGAGCUGGAGCAGUUGGAUCCCAUUCGAGCCCAUGGCUUGUUAGGAAAAACCUCUGGGGUCCACGAGCGAUGUCGAGAUUUGGUGAUGUCGCUGUCCAAGCUGCGACAGCUAGUGGCCCAGGUGGAACGCAAGUGCUGCGACAAGGUAUCGCCGCCAGGGCACGAAUGUGGAAAUGGGAUUCGAAAGGAAUUAUAA